UUAGCAACCACCUGGUUCAGGUCACAAGCAGGGAGAGGAAGGACUGCAGAGUCCUUCGUUCUUUCUGGUGCAGCUUAACUGAUUUGAAGAAGCCGAAGCAGAAAAUCCAGUAGCACAGUUAAGACUUUAGCCAUGGCAUCUCUAUCACACCAAAAGCCAACAUCUACUACUGUGGGAAAACAAAUGAUUUUUACAGGUCCAGACUACAUAAAGGAUUAUUUACCCAAAAUUCAUCAGCACACCUCAUAUGUAGGAGAACAGCACCCGGCGUUAGAAAAAACUGGAGAUCUCAGAUAUUUAUGGAGGCCUGCCUCAAAUAGAAGCUUGCCAGCAAAAUAUAAACACGAGUACGUUGGUGAAAUUGGUUGGGGAGUACCACAGUUUAAUUUUAUCAACAAAUCAAGACUGGAGAGUGGCUUUCAUAUCAAGUAUGAAGAACUAAGUCAAGCUUCUCUUGAUUCAAUAACCCACAGAUAUCAAAACCCAUGGCAACCAAAACCUCAUGUCCUGGAUAUGCAAGGAAAACAGAGUCGCGCUUCUUUUGCCUGGCAUAUGAGUGCUUUCGAGGACACUGAUCAGAGAAAUUCCAAAUGGGCUAUUCUUGUUAGGCAGAGUAAGUCAUCAUUGCCAAGAGCUUCCAAACCAUCUAAGCUGCCGAGGCUACCAAAAAAGGAAAAGAAAAGGAAACAUUAGCCUCAAAAUCAGCAUAACUCAACCUGCUUUUAGAAGGAGAAACUGCCUACUACUGUAGAACGAAAAAUAAGAUCAUAAUAAUCCAUAAGUGCUUCUCAUAUUGCCCCAGGACAGAUGUCUUGCAAGAGUACGCUUCAGCUUAAAGCCCAAAUAAAGAGUUUGGAAAAAAGG